AAUGAACAGUGUCAUCGGUGUGAAAAUAUCCAAACGACCGGUCGCUAACCGUAUCCAUCAUCUCGACGCCGUGGCAACGACGAUCGCCCCUCCCCCUCCCACCUCCGCGCGCGACCGAAGAUAAAUAAUAAUAGUAAUAAUUGGAAUCACGGUACGUCCGUGCGCCCGAUCUGGCUGCACUGCCGGAUGCCGCCCGGCGUGACGAAGCCCGUGAGCACGUCGUUCCCACAGCAACCGCCGACAGAACGCUACUCGAAGCUUGGGCUGUACGGUGUGCCGUGCUGCCCGCGACAACUGAACCUCGACUGACGCGUUACAGCUUCUUCCGUACGAGCGCAUUUCGUUCGCACGUUUUCAUCGCAGCAGUGGCCGAAGACCCGCGACACCAGAUGAAUGUGGAAGAAUGACGGAAAAAAUUCCAUGGUGAACGAUAUGACGCAAAUCACACUGUCGGUGGUUGAGGAUUGGCUGGACAGCCAUCCGGACUACUGUCAGGACUACUUUCUGCGAAAAAUUGAACUAGAUUUCAUCAAUAAAUGGCUUGUGUCCCACGGGUUCCUCAACAUAAACGAUUACAUAUCGUCGGCCACGUCCCCGUCGUCGUCAGGCAACGUGAGCCCUGCCAAUGGUUUGGUGGCUACGCCAUCCACCGGUACAAGCCCGAACAACACACCGAGCAUCCUAGUUAAUGGAGGCAACAAUUCGCUGUCCGUGUCACAGAUGUACCGGUCCAACUCGAAGAGAUGUCGGCGACACGAUUUCGCCAGAGCCAAGACACGUAGCGUGUUGCGCACACAGGAGAUUGGCAAGGACGUGCCUAUUUGUUCUAGCAGAAGAUCAUCUCUAAAGGACAUGAGAAAGUUCACAUCGUUGCCGCCGAGCCCGAUAAGCAUGCUGUCGCUGUUGAUCGAUUCCAAGGUGCGGUUGCCCAGGUGGCCGGUGCCGGCGCACAGUGCGGACGCCAAGCGGGACCUGCGGCGCACGCAGGGCGAACGCGAUUUCUUCCUGACCGCGGUCCGCGACAUCGCCACCGACUUGGACCUGAAGUCGCUGUCGCACAAGAUCGUCGACAACCUGACCGUGCUGCUGGACUGCGACGCCGGCUCGCUGUUCCUGGUGGACGGGCCGCCCAGGGGCUCCAUGCGCCGCCGCCUGGUGUCCAAGGUGUUCGAUGUGCACAGCGGCGCGCGCGGCCGGUUCCUGCUGCCGGACAACGUGCCCCGGGACGCUGGCGAUUCGGCCGCGGCCGCCGACAACGAGGUGCAGAUACCGUGGGGCGUGGGCAUACUCGGCCACGUGGCGUCCACCGGCGAGACGGUCAACCUGGACGUGGCGUGCGAGGAUCCAAGAUUUGAUGAUGAGGUAGACCGUAUAAUGGGAUACUACACGUCAUCAUUACUAUGCAUGCCGGUAAAAAAUUCCUACGAAGACAUAAUAGCGGUGGCGCAGAUCAACAAUAAAAACCCUGACAAAGAUGAUGGACACUUCACUAGUAUGGAUGAAAAGCUUUUUGAGACGUACUUGCAAUUUGUUGGCAUAGCUAUUACUAAUGCACAGAUCGUUGAGGAUUCUCGAGCAGAAUAUGAUCGUAACAGAAACUUGUUGGAGGUGGUACAUGACUUAUUUGAAGAACAAACGUCCAUAGACAAAGUUAUUAUGAAGAUAAUGCAGAGAGCUCAGAGGCUCUUGAAAUGCGAGCGAGCCGCCGUGUUGUUAGUGGACGAAUCGUGUGACAGUACCAGGUUCUCCAAACUGUUCGAUCUAAACUCACCAAAACACACAAAAAAUAGCGUAAAGAAUUCUAGACAAAAAGUGGAAGGCGAAAACGUUUCACGGUAUCUGGAAAGCCUAGCGGAAAGGGUGGCUUGUUCAGGAGAAGUUUUGAAUAUUAACGAACAUGACUGUAAUGAAGGGAUUGUGGAUUCUGGAAUCAAUUCAUUGUUAGCAAUGCCCAUCAGGAACAAAAAUGAUCAAAUAAUCGGUGUUGCCAGUAUUAUCAACAAAUUGAAUUCUUUGCCUUUCGAUGAGUACGACGAACAAUUAUUUGAGGCUUUUACAAUAUUCUGUGGACUAGGAAUACAUAAUACACUUAUGUACAGUGAGGUGGAGAAAGCAAUGGCUAGACAAAAAGUCUCCAUAGAAGUCCUAUCCUAUCAUGCGACUGCUUCCAACAAAGAAGUGGAACGUAUCUUGGGAAUGCCAGUACCAGCUGUAGAUUCAUUGAAUUUGUAUUCUUUGGCAUUUGACGAUUUUUCACUAAACGACGAUGAAAUGCUUAUGGCAGCCGUGAGCAUGUUUCUGGAACUUGGACUUGUCAAAACGUUUAACAUCGAAAAAGAAACGCUAUACCGAUUCCUCAUCACAGUGAAACGUAACUACAGAGAUGUACCUUAUCAUAACUGGAGACACGCUUUCAAUGUUGCACAAGUCAUGUUCGCUAUUAUGAUGGGAUGUGACAUGAAGAACACAUUUUCCGAUCUUGAAGUACUAGGAAUGUUUGUUGGUUGUCUGUGCCAUGAUCUUGAUCAUCGAGGAACGAACAACUCGUUUCAAGAAAAAGCUAGAUCAGCAUUAGUGUUAUUGUACGGAACUACCAAUACAAUGGAACAUCAUCAUUUCAAUCAUGCAGUGAUGAUACUGAGCAGCGAGAAUCUUAACAUAUUUUCGAGUCUAUCAGCGGAAAGUUUCUCAACAGUUAUGAAAGUUUUAAAACAUAGUAUACUGGCCACUGAUCUCUGUAUGUACUUCCAAUUAAGAAACAAGUUCUUCCGAUUAAUCGAAUCGAAAGAAUACAGUUGGGAUGAAGACUCACAGCGCUACUUACUAAUGGCAAUGUUGAUGACAUCGUCAGACUUGGCUGCAUCUACAAAACAGUGGCACGUUCAACAACGAGCCGCCAGAUUAGUGACAGAUGAGUUCAUCGAGCAAGGUGAUAAGGAGAGAUUUGAGUUAAAGAUUCAACCUCAAGCACUCAUGGAUCGAGAGAGACAACAUGAACUUCCUCAGUUACAGAUAAGAUGGAUCGCUGACAUAUGUUUACCAUUAUAUCAGUCAUUGGGUCAAAUGAAUCCAAAGCUGAACGUCAUGAAAGAAGGAGCGUUGAGCAACAUGCAACAGUGGAGUAAAUUGGUCGAUGAAAAUUACAAGAAUGCAAAUCAUGAACAAAAAUAA